AUGCUUGUCGGAUCGCCCUCUGCUAUGACGAAUGCCUCGACCUCCGGAAAGCAGUGUCCGGCCUGUGGAGGCAGCGGUGCCUGUAAUGAUCCCUCCGAGGUGCAGCAACGGAUCCUGGAGCUGGAGGGGCAUGUCCAGGAGUUGAACGAGCGCGCGGCGCUUACUACCGGCAAACUCGCCGAUUACGAAGAAGAAAUCCACCGACUACGCUCAGCGCACGCCGCCUACGCCUCACCACCCCGAAGCAGCUCCUCCCAACCACCGUCAUCGUCUCACGGCGACAGGGCACUGUCACCCACCCAAGCCCCGAUCCCUGUAUGCCCAGAGACGACGGCGCAUAUAUUUCCGCAAGCGCCGCAGAGCCGUCUCGCAACCCUCACCUCCUUGCUUCCCUACCGCCGCGGCAGCGCCACACCAACCAGCGCACCGGUCCCGACCACCCCGACCGCACCGACCAUCCCCCUCCCGCAAGUGUCAUCCCCGGCUAGCAGUGACAACACCUCCGAGCUGCAAGAUGCGCUGAACCGCGAGCAGGGUCUGCGCAAGGCGGCCGAGGCGCAGCUUACACAGUCGAACACGGAGUUGGAAGAGUUGACGGUGCAGCUGUUCAGCCAGGCGAAUGAAAUGGUGGCGCAGGAGCGUAAAGCCCGCGCUAAGUUGGAAGAACGGGUUGCCGUUCUGGAGCGGAGGGAUAUUGAGAAGCGGAGCCGACUUGAGCGGUUGGAGAAGGCGAUGGCUCGGGUUGACAGGCUGCGGGCUUUGGUCAAUAAGUGA